AUACCUAGAGCAAAAAAGAAAGCCAUAUAUUCCAUACCCAAUCAUCCUCUUUUUUUUCUGGCUUAUUCUUUUUGCCCUUGUAAUUGAAGUUUUCUGGGUUCUCAGCAUGGGGAGGGGUAGGGUUCAGCUGAAGAGGAUCGAGAACAAGAUCAACAGGCAAGUCACUUUCUCCAAGAGAAGGUCUGGGUUGUUGAAGAAAGCCCAUGAAAUCUCUGUUCUUUGCGAUGCGGAGGUCGCUUUGAUUGUCUUCUCCACCAAGGGGAAGCUCUUUGAAUACUCUUCUGGUUCCUGUAUGGAGAGGAUCCUUGAGCGGCAUGAAAGGUUUUCUUAUGCAGAGAGGCAACUUGCUGCACAUGAAACUGAACAAAAUGGGAGCUGGACCCUGGAGCAUGCAAAACUCAAAGCCAGGAUGGAGGUCUUACAAAGAAACCAAAGGCAUUGUAUGGGGCAAGAUCUUGAGAAUUUGAGCCUUAAGGAGCUUCAAAACUUGGAGCAACAGCUUGAUUCUGCCCUUAAGCACAUCUUUGAUUUGCAGAAUCAGUUCAUGUUUGAAUCAAUCUCCGAGUUUCAGAAAAAGGAUAAAGCAUUGCAAGCGCAGAAUAAUAUCCUUGCCAAGAAGGUAAAGGAGGAGGAGGAGAAGGAGAAGGAGAAGGUCACUGUCCAGCAGGCACUACAAAACAAUUCGCAGGAUUCUUCCUCCAUGCUUCUGCCACAGCCAAUGCACUCCCUGAACAUCAGAGGCACGUGUGAAGCAAGGAGCAAUGAAAGAGAAGAGGAAGGUAAUCCAAGUCCACCACAUCGUGACUCCAAUGUGCUAUUCCCACCAUGUAUGAUUCGCCCAUCUUGAAUAUCUAAAAGCAAGU